GUGUUACUUUUGCUGUUGGUGGAAUUAGCUCUUUUGUUUUUCUUUAUGGGGCAUUUUCUUUAUGAGAAUGACAAAAAUGAAACAAGAAAAUAUGUUGAUAAUUUCGAAUAUAAAUCAGGCACCAAACUUAGAAGAUCCAUAACCAAGCAGAACCAAAGUGUUUGGCAACAGAACAUAAGUACUAUUCUUCAAAACUCAACUUUUGCUGUUAAGAACCAAUCAGUUUCUAUACCUGCACUAUUAACGAAAGACAGGAAUGGAACUCUCGAAAAUAACUCUAGAGCAGGUAAUGAUCAUGACCACUUGGAUCCUUGCAUUAUUUACUUAACGUUGCAGAACGUUGAUAGGAAUAUUUCUGAGAAAACUAAGACAAAGAUUGAGACAAUGGUUAAACAGGAUUUCUUUCUCAUCUAUCUGCACAUUUCACCUCCUAAGGGCUUGCCAGAGACGAUAUCCCCGUUAGUGAAAAACAGAUUACUCGAAUGGCAGUACAUCAGAAAAGGAGAUUAUUUGCUUAAUAUUCUUCCUGUUGAUUUUGAUAUUGUGACGUUUAAUAUGCUUGAGUUUUUAAACGAGGAAAGCAAUGUUGAGUUACAACCUCUGAGUAUUCAGGACGAAAACAGGACCUGUGAUUUAAAAGAUGAUUUUACAACGAUAGUUAAUAUCUAUUCUUAUCUAUGGCAUCUUACACACAAUACGUCCAAUGAAUUCAUUAUCUGCCAUCAGAAAUUUGACGAUCAGGAGUUCAAAGAUGUUUUGUAUUAUUUUACUACGAUAUGGAUAGGAUAUGAUUUUCUGUGUUAUGAGCCCAAUUUAAAAAGUUUUAAAAACCCAGGUGUAAGCAGUAAGACACAGUCUCUUCUGUCACCUCUUCUGUCUUUCUUUUUAGCAUUAGAAUUUAUAUGGAUUUUUAAACUAAUUGAGAUUCAUGAAGUUCAAAAAGCAAAGGAUUCAGACGACCUGCUAGCAGAAAAUGAUGAAAAAGCUACCAAAGGAAAAACUAUUACUAUUCAAGAGACCAGUGCAGGAAAAAUUACAAAGCGUCAAUUUUCUGCAAGCCCUAAAUGCUCGUGUUAUUAUUUUCCAGAUGAAAGACCAUAUGGAUUUCACAGAUUUGUAAAGAAAAUAUUCCAUUCAAAGAUUACUCCUCAUCGAUGUAAAUGUGACUUUCACACAUCAGGGAUUAAUCGGAAACCAGUUUCAAAAUCAGUAUUCACAGAAAUCAUAAAUUUGCCCUCUGUGAGACUUAUUCUUCUGUUGUACAUAUUCAUUUUACUUCCUGUUGCAAUAUACAGAACAUUAGGUCGAAAAGUUUUAGCUGAUAGAGAAUAUGGAGAUUAUAGACAUGUCGUUCGUGCAAGUGAGCCAAUGUGCAACAGCAUAAAUAACAAUGACAAUAUCGUUCUUCAGUGUGACUGGAUGUUUGCCGUAUUUGGGUCUCUUAUUGGUGUCGUAAUCUUUAUAUUUUAUCAUAAUAAUAUAUUUCAAAAUGAAUAUAAAAUGUAUUCCUUUGCACUCGGAUACCAGACAAGUCAGUCAGUAACUGUAUGUGAUAAACUGAUGGCAAGAGUCGGUCUGUUGUGGGACUUAAUUUGCUAUAUUAGUGACCAAAUUGGUAAUAUAGCUUGUUGGACUUGUGUUAAAUCAUCUUCUGCUCACAGACAUCAGACAGUUAUUCUAAAAAAUACUAAAAAGAUAAGGAUUUUUAGAUCCACCAAAAGAAGAAAUUGUUGUUUGCUAGUAAAAUGUGCCUCCAUACUUUACCUUAUGCUGGCAUUAGUUGAAUUUGCUGUUCAGCUGGUUUUCUGCUUUCUUCCUCUCAUUCCAUUUGUAACACAUCAUUUCAUGAAAACUUUAUCCAAACGAAAAUUUGUGGACUCCUUUCUUGCCUUCAUCAUCCUAAUUUUAUCAAUUUUCUCCUUUCGUCCCAUAAUAUCGUCUUUUCUGUUCGUCUUUCGAUCCGUUACUAUCAUACUCUUCGUUGUUCUCCCAGUAAGAGAGUACAUCUUUAAAUAUUUUAUUUACGCUGUGGCCGUCAUUAUCUACCUUAUGCAAUAUUACAAGGAAGUGAUGGAUUUAAUUACAUCAGUGCUCAUUUAUGUAUGUUCCCUUGCAAAAGAGAAGUAUGGUCAAACUUUUAUAGGACAAGAUGUGUUCAAUCAUAUUUUAAAAAAUCUUGGUUUUGUCAAAACAAAAAUUUAUUUUGCAAUAUUUAAAACAAUAGUUGUUUCGUCCUAUAUUUUCAUUACCAUAGAAACCCUCACUGUUGGCAAAGAUUUGGGGAAGUUAGAAUUUGUUGACCUGACACAAUAUGGCCUUAUCUUCACUUCUCCUUAUGUGUUGUCUAUUUUAUUUCAUGGUGGAAAAAAUGAGCUUAACGAUGAAAAUAAAAUAGAAAUACAAAAAAUGUUUGAAAAAGCGAACCGUGUUGAUUUACGGAGAGCUAAAUUCAAGAUGUACCACGCAUUCAUUUCUAAAACACUUCCUGAAUGUUUCACAUGCAAGCAAAAUCCUAAGGUCCCCUCGACUAAUGUUACAGAGACUGACAGCGAGGCUCCUUUGCAAACAAGUAUUCAACCAUGAUUCAUUUACACUUAAUACUCAACAGAAGGGUUGAAAAAUAUUUCUCUCUGCUGUAGAGUUUUCAAUAUAUAAACGUAAUGCAAAUGAAUUUUGUUCUGUUUUUGUUUGUUUGUAUGUUUGUUUGUUUGG